UUGACCUCUUCCGCAGCUACAGCGUCUCCAUGGCAACAGCACUCCACAAACAAAAACCGUGCUCUCGUUACCGUGAGCCCCAAACUGUAAAAGUCCUGCUCGGUAAUUACCGCGUAACUUCUUCCUUCCUUAUGGUAAACACGGGCUUGUUUUGAUAAUAGCAGAGAUGCCGAAGAAGAAAGUCACCAAAGUGAAGAAGCCGGGUAAAGCCGGGAAAGGGAAGAAAGAAGGCAAACAGGAGACAAAAGGGGACAAGGAGUCGGACAUCGAGAAGGUCAAGGCCAACGCUACCCUCUGGGAGCUGAGGUUAAAGGUCACCGAGCAGUCACUUACGCAGUACCACGGCGCGUGCCGCGGGUUGGCCCGCACGAACGAGGAGGUCACGAACCAGCUGUACCACGCGGAGAAGAACAACCUCGACAUCAUAGGCUUUCUGAAGAGACAGGAUGCUGCUAAAGACGAGCAGAUCAAUAUGCUGCAGAAAAGCCUCAAAAGUCAAGAGGCACUUGCACGUGAAGAGCAAAACAAACUGGUUGAAGAUUACACACUUCAAAUCAAUGAGAUGAAGGAACUGUUCCGAAAGAGGUCCAGUGACUUUAACAUGAUCCAGGCUGGAUUCAAGGAAAUUAAGGAGUUUCAGAAGAGGAAAGCGGAGAUGGAGCAGGAGCUCACUGAUACUAGAGAAAGCAUGGAGGCUGCGGAAAAGGAGCACAGAGAAAACCUAAAUGAAAUGGAAUACAAAUUCUUCAACGAAAAGGCUCGUCUGGAGAAGGAAGCUGAGCAAACGAUAGCUCGGGUAGUGGAGAAGGCCCACAAUGAAGCCAUUCUGCAGUUGGAUGAUGCCUCGCGCUCUGUAUUCAAGGAAAAUGUGCGUCUCAAUGAAGCGCUGAAAUAUCACAUGAAGGAGACAGACGACCUCCAGAAACUGACAAACUCAUUGACGAAGGAAAAUGCCUCCCUGGUACUGGAGAGGCCUCUCAGUGGUCAGUGGUUGUGGAACACGUUCGAGUGUAUGUUUAAGAAGAAUACAGCUGAGAUGGAGGUCCAAAAAGAGGAGCUGUCUAAAUUGAGAGCUAAAGUAGCUUCCCUGGAGCAGGCCCUAGAGCAAAAAGCUGGGGAAUUUGAGCGAGACAAGGAGAAGGAAAAGGAGAAGACAAUGGUCAGCAUCCAGGCCAGCCAGGUAGAGUUGGUGAAGCUGCAGAAAGUGCUUGCCAUGCGGGAGAAGGAAUUGGAGAACAUCAAGCAGCUGGCGAGCACCAUCGUAGAGCAGCGCACAGAAGUGGAGCAGUUCUUCCACGAGGCACUGGCUCAGGUGAAGCAGGAGAUCAUGGCCAGCAGGCUGCAAUACAGAAAGAAGGCACAACAGGCUUAUCAGAGCAGAAUGAGAGCGGCCACAGCUGGAAAAUUAAAAUUCCCACCCAUCCGCACCUUUCAUAAAAGCCCCCAUAGUACCAACUCUGUCCAUUCAGACCUGGAGGCGGCCACAAGGUGGAGUCAUCAACCAGGCAGCAAAGUUGAUAUCUUAGAUCUCACUUGGGAGGAGAGGGAACUACUUCUCAGGCAUCUCUUUGCUAAAAUGAACGGACAGAAGGAAAGAAAAGCCAACAAACAUCUGGAUUGGUCUGCCUCCUCUGAGAAGAAGAGCCUUAUUGACAGCAAUGCUGCUGGAAUUAAAGAGGAGCUCUCCCAAGCGACCUUCAUCACCCAGGCGCCUGAGCCCGUUCUGCCCUCCAACCCAAACAGCUUGCCGGAUAUGCACACCACAUGACCUCUGUGUGGCCUCUACGUUGCACAUCACACUCUGGAUUGUUUGCCUCUGCUUUGUACUCUUUGCCCAGACUGUGAAUCAUGUGUAUAGCUGAAUACAAUGUGUGUGUUUGUGCUCAUAAAUAUCUUGCCUUGCAUGUAUAUAUAUGGCAUGUGAGUUUUCUUUCAUACAUGAAGCUUGUUUGAAUUCUGUCACAAACCAUUUAAAG